AUGCCAUUCCUGAACCCCCAGCCCAAGAUCAUCAUAGCCGGUGCAGGCAUAGGCGGCCUCACAACGGCACUGUCCCUGCAUGCCGCCGGAUUCACAGACAUCCACAUCUUUGAGGCAGCGUCGCAACUUACGACUCUGGGCGUCGGUAUCAACGUGCAACCCUCGGCCAUUCUCAUUCUCCGCAACCUCGGACUCCUGGAAGCUUUCGAGAGGACCGGCAUCAAAACACAAGAGCUCAACUUUUACAACCGCCACGGCCAUCCCAUCCUCAACGAGCCAAGAGGCCUCAAGGCAGGCUAUGCAGUGCCGCAGUUUAGCGUUCAUCGCGGCGAGUGCCAGAUGCUGCUGCUGAGUGCCGUCAAAGAGCGGUUGGGCGAAGGGGCGGUCAACCUCAACCAUGCCUUGACAGGGUUCUCCCAGGACGCGAAGAGCAUCACAGCAGAGUUUUCGCAACGGAGAGACGGUGCGCCGGCCGGACAGUCAAGUGUCACAGGCCACAUUCUCAUAGCCGCCGACGGAAUCAACUCGACUGCGAGAAAGAUUCUGUACCCGGACGAGGGACCACCGCGUUUCUCCGGCCGGAUGCUCUGGCGCGGCUGCAUCGAGCGUGAGCCGUAUCUCACCGGAGCAUCAAUGGUCUGGGCCGGCCACGCCGAUCAAAAGUUCAUCGCCUACCCCAUCAGUCAGCGUUCCGCGGACAAGAGCAAGAGUCUCGUGAACUGGAUCGCCGAACUCCGGAUACGAGACAAGGAUGAUGAGGACCUCACUCCGCCGAAGACGGACUGGACAAAAGCGGUCGACAAGUCUGUGUUUGAAGGCCCGUUCCGCGGGUGGCGCUGUGGUGGGCUCGAGAUGAAAGACCUCAUCGACGCGACGGAGAAGGUGUUUGAGUUCCCCAUGAGCGAUCGGGAUCCGGUGGAGCGCUGGAGUUUUGGCCGUCUCACGUUGCUUGGUGAUGCUGCGCAUGCCAUGUACCCAAUCGGCUCCAACGGCGCAUCGCAGGCUAUUAUUGACGCCGAGACUCUUGCGAAGCAACUUGUUGCGAGUCCGGGAGAUGUAGAGGCGGCGCUCAAGGCAUAUGAAUCGGAGCGGUUGCCGGCGACGGCCAAGAUUGUUAUGGCAAACCGCGGAAACGGACCAGAUCACGUCUUGCAGAUAUGCGAGGAAAGAGCACCCGAUGGAUUCGACAAUGUUUACGAUGUCGUUCCGAAGGACGAGUUGGAAGACAUCGGUCGGGUCUAUAAGAAGGUGGCUGGCUUCGAGAUGGAAAGCGUGAACAAGAAGGCAAAAGAGACGGAGGGUGUUAGUGAAAAACUAGGGUUGAAAAGUCCGGCUGAGUGGAUUUAG